AUGUACGAAGGGCUUAGUGUCCUUCCGAAAACGGACUCCACAUUCGGAUGGAAAAAUGAGAAGGGCUUGCCGGUGGGUGAGAAGAUGACGAGCCCGAUGUCGAUUUUGCAGAGCUUGCUGAGCUCGCUGGCCUUCUUAAAAAGCCCGAGACGGCGUUUGGAGAAUGGAGGUAUCAACCCACCAAGGCCCCCUAAAAUCCCUGGUAUCCCGGGCAGCCCAGAUCCAGAGUUUGGAGGUGUAGGCCCACCAAGGCCCGGAAUAAUCCCUGACAGCCAAGGGAUUUGUGGCAGCCCAAACCCAGUAUUGGGAAUUGCCGGCCCAACUAGGCCCGGGAUAAUCCCUGGUACCUUCGGCAGCCCAGGGAUCUGCGGCAGCCCAAUCCCAGCGUUGGGAGGUGCCGGCCCACCAAGGCCCGGGAAAAUACCUGAUAUCCCCGGCAGCUCAGAGAUCUUUUCCAGCCCAGGCCCAGAGUCGGUGCCAGCCCACCAGUGCCCGAUAAAAUUCCUGAUUGUGAGGGAAACUCUAUUAGCUGAAGCCCAGGCCCAUCUUCGAAAGGUGCCGGCCCACCAGCCUCAGGAGGAAAUCCGAUACCGCCACGUGAUGCAUCAGAAAAAUGAGCAAUGCUGA